GCGGUUGAGUGGACGGACAUGUGCGCGCCUCUCUGCCAUCAGAGGGCGGGUUUGUGUCGUUGUGUGCGCAGCGUGCGGCUGCUGCUGCGGCUUCCAGUGAGAGAAGUGGCAGGUACCCCGAAAAAAUACCUCCCAGCUAAGAUCCAGCGGCUCGGAUGUGACUUUUAACAGCUGACCAACCUGCAAGAAAACUCCGAUAUAUGUGAAUCUGGAGGCUUGUCUCGCCCUUUCACCAGCUGUUUUAAAUGAACGCUGAGCUCGGAAACAAUAGGACGGACUUAAAAGUACGCAGAAUUGGCUCAAGUAAAGAUGCCUGAGCGGGGUGCCUCGUCGCGAUGGGGCUUGAAUUGAGGAACGCGCACCCCGAAAGAAGAAGUCGCCGAAGUUGAAGACGCGCUCCUGAUGACCGCUGGGAUGUUGUGAACGACGCGUCGUUUGGGACAGAAGGAGCCAGAAAUAAAAAGGAAAAAAACCAAAAGAAGGAAAGAGGGGGGAACCAUUCAGGGUUGGAGCAGCACCCGGAGGGAUUAUGGCUCUCGUAACGUUUUCUCUCAGCCUCGUCACCCUGGUGCUUACAAACUUGCACCUUUCCAGAGCCAGCAGCCGUCAUGCGGUGUAUUGGAACAGCUCGAACCUGCAGCUUCGGAGAGAGGGAUACACCGUGCAAGUCAGCGUCAACGACUACCUGGACAUCUACUGCCCGCACUACAACACCAGCCAGCGUGGGACCCUGGAGCGCGUGGUGGCUGAGCAGUACAUCCUCUACAUGGUGAACUACCGGGGCUACUACACCUGCAACCCCCAGAUGGGGGUCAAACGCUGGGAGUGCAACCGGCCCCACGCGCCGCAUACGCCCAUCAAGUUCUCUGAGAAGUUCCAGCGGUACAGCGCCUUCUCGCUGGGCUACGAGUUCACCGUGGGCCAGGAGUACUACUACAUCUCCACACCCAUCCACCACCACGGCCACAGCUGCCUGAGACUGAGGGUCUUCGUCUGCUGCUCCACUGCCUCUCAGGCAGAUGACGACUCCAGUCAAACUUCUCCCGACUACACAGUCAGGCCGAACAUCAAAAUACACAACAUUGAUGAAUUUAACCCUGAAGUUCCCAAGCUGGAGAAGAGCGUGAGCGGCAGCAGCCCGUCGCGUGAUCGCCUUCUCCUCACCGUGGCAUCGAUGCUCGUGCUGGCCGUCCUGUUGUCCUAGCGACCGUCGCAGGGAGCUUGUUGGGCCGACUUGUCCAAAGGGCUUUGUAUCCCUACAAGUUUUUUUUUUGUUAUUUUUUUUCCUUUUUUGAAGAUGUGAUAGCUAAACGAAGCAAACGAAGAAAAGUCAAAGACAAAGAAAGAAGAAGCGAGGCCUUUUUGCUGUCAUUUUUACACCUGCAUCACAUGAAAACUACAAUAUUUCAUGCAGGUGUGGCGACCACAUGGAGAUUACAACCAAUAUUAAGAAUCCAAUUUUUCUUGUGCUGCUGUCAUUGGAUGCAGAUGAGAGAUUUUUUCGUAGCAUGAUAGAGAACAGAAAAUUUGAAGCAUAACUCUCAUCGGAUGAUGAAAGGGAAGGUUUUUGUGUUGGCUUUGAAGAAGAUGACAACUUUAAACUCGAGAGUGGAUUUUUUUUUCAAGGCUUUGCUGCAUCAAACCGAACUUUGAUGUGGUAAAAAAAAAAAAGAAAAAAAAAAGACAAGAUGGACUUUGGAAACUGUAACAAGGCCUUUAUAUGAUUAGUGAGUAAUCAAAACGACUGUCAUUGUCCUGGACAUUGUAGAAUGUUUUCAUACUGGUGUGUGGUAGCUGCUGGUGAUAAAAGCCCAGGGAAAAGGGUGAGAAUUUAUAAGAAUAUCCAAGGGCCUUUCAGUAAUCCAUUUUCUCCAGACAUCAAAUAUGCUCUGGCUUUGUGAUAGGCACAGAUUCAAAGCCUGCUUUUCUUCGAAGGGUACCGAGUGCCCCUCAGAACUAGUCUUUUGUCUGCAUUUCCUGCCUUCGCACUGUAACAACCCGAGAAAAAUACAGACCCUGGACUAGCAAUUUGACGGCACUUAGACGCACCAGAUGUGGCAUAGACGUGUGUUUUGUUCCGCCGCAUUUACCUCCAGCAAUGGGCUUAGAAAAGUUCCAGAUGUCAAAUCUUAAAAAAAAAUAAAAAAUAGACGAAAAAAAAUGAGGGGGCUGGGGGGAGACUCUUUGCAGCAAUCAGCACCGUUGUUCAGAAACGCCUCUAAUUUGCAAUUGUUCAGAAACUGUCAGCAGCAACUUGCCCUCUUUUCUCUCCCAGAUUACCUGUUUUGUUUUUUUUUUUCUUUUUUUCUUCCCCUCCACUUCAGGGGCUCGCAGCCAAUCAGGGCUGAUAGCCACUGCAGCAGUCCCAGUUACCAUGGAGACGACCCCAUACAGUCGCCAAAGUGCGGCAGGUGCCUGAGGAGAAAUUAUGCUUAGAAUCUCAAUCUGUAGUCAUAGAAGAAUAGACCCAGUAUGAGCAUCCGGAUCAUACGGCGUAUUGUGAGAGCCAUUUUUAUGGAAACAACAAAGUUUUGCUCCCAAGUUUUUUUAGGCAACGCUGUAUGAACCAUGGUGCUAGCAUCACAAAGCUCUUAAACUAAAAGAAUAUUCUAACUGAAAUGAUAUGAAGAUAUUUUCUAGAUGGUAUUGUUAUCUCCAGAGUUAUUCAUACCCCUGACAGAUGUAGUACUAAUAGUAACUUGUUUCCUCUGACUGCAAGUAAAACUAACAUAAUGAAGUGGCCCAGUCAGUCUUCUGACUUGAAUCUCAUAGAGAAUCUUUGGAGGAAACUAAAGAUUAGGGUGAUGGAAAGAAGGCCAUCAAACCUUCAUUAAGUUGGAACUCAACCCAAAGAUUAAUCAUCAAAUUACCUGUGCAAACAUGCGAAAAGCUGGCAAACCUGGUACUGACGAGUUAAGUUGCAGUAUCUUCUGCAUCCGAUCUUUUCUCAUAUGUAAAGAGUACUGAACUACAAGGCGCAUUAAGCAAAACAAAACAGUCAGAUAAGUCAGUCGAUGCUCCUGACCGCGGUACCUGUAAUGUAAUGUAACUAAAACAUUUUGACAGAUCACCAUGAGCGCCGUGUACCACAGAAAAUCGCUUCGAGGUCAGUAAGCACAACCAGAAUCAAUCCAUACUAAUUCACUAGAGGGCGCUGUUUUACUCCAGAACAAUAUAUAUGACCCUUAGGAUUAAUAGGUGCACAGUCGAUUUUUAAAUAAAUUCAAAGGCUUUUAAGUGCUCCUUUUAGUCCAGAAAAUAUGGCACUAAUUUUCCAUUUUCUAUACCUUCUUAUCCUUAUCAUUGGGCGGGGGGUUGCUGCCAUCUCCAGUAGGAACUGGGCAAGCGGUGGGGUACACCAGUCCAUCACUAUGGCAUGACUGUAGUGCCAUAAUUAGGACUAUUACACACCCAGUGGUGACUACAUCCUUUUGGGAGGUUAUCUCUAUCCCAAAGCCAACUGCUGAUCUGAUUCUUGAUAGGUCGGCAUGGUAACCCAGCGGCCGGUGCCAGUAGAGAAGGAUACUUCUCAUUUAAGUUAGCUUUGAAUAGGCUUGUGACUAGCAUACCUAGGAUGGUCUCCUGCGUCUUAUUCUUUUUUUCUUUAAGGAAAACUUUAUCUAGAAAUCUAGCUGGUCGCUUGGUUUCUGAUGCCUGCCUAUAAUAAAUCAGAUCAGUAGCUGGAUAUGGUCACCUGUGAUGAUGAGAGUAACCACCACUGGGAGGGAAAUGGUCUUAAUGUUGGCACUAAAACUGCACCAUACAUAACAGGGCAAUGGAAGCUGUGCAAGACCAGGAUUUGAACCCAGGACCUUUUUGCUUUAAGGCAACAGUUAAAUCAACUUUUCUACCAUGCAGCCUCCUACUGCUGCUCCUGCUGCAACUACAAACCAUUGUUAAAAUUGUUAACCUUCUUUUUUCCAAUGGUAUUUUGAUAAAUGGGUUAUGAGCUCCAAGUCUUUGGAAAACCUCCUUCCCAUAACUAACCUUUAGCUUCCUAGACAGACUCUCUGUCAGAUUCCACUUCAUUAACAUUAUUCUAGUAAAAAAAAAAAAUGCAAAAAGGAUUUUAUUGCAAACUUUAGUGUUUCAUCCAGAACUCAAACUUUUGUUGCUUUCCAAGGAGAACUCACAAUAUGGCGGAUGUGGUGAUGACAUCGAGGCCAAUGCAACGUCUGCUCUUCGGUGUCUGAAGCUAAUUGUGGCACCAUCUUGAUAAAAAAUAAUAAUAAUAAAAAGAAAAAGAAAAUGUGUGAAUGUGAAACUUAUGAGAAGUUAUUUUAUACUGCGUAGGCAAACCUUAAUCAAAUUAAAAUGUUGUGCGUUUUUAUUUAUUUACUUUUAAAAUGCUCUUAUUUUGACAUUAAAGUGUAUUUAUCUACAUAAUUUAUUAAUGUGCAUUCUUAGGCCUUUGCUCAAUAAGCUAUCGUACCAUUUUUUAUCAUUUUUCUCAAAACUAUUGGAUUUGUACUGCAGUAUUUUGCUUGUUUAGACAAAUAGAUGUAAUUCAGCCGGUCACAGACAGUUCUUGGUGAAUGAUUAAACUAUAAAGUGAGUGCAAGCAUACACUCCAUUAGCUGAUUCUUGUGUAAAAAGAUGCAGCUGAUAAUAUUGCUGAGAAGCAUGUCAUAAACCAACUGGGAAUGCACAGACAGAACUGGUGUCGUUUGAGCCUGCACUGUAAUGUAAAUUUAUAAAUACAUGCAGGGUUCCAGAAUGUGUAUGAGUGUUUUAGCGUGUGUGCGUGUGUGUGUGUGGGUGUGUGUGUGCGCGUGUGUGUGUGUGUGCUUUUUUUUUUGUAUGUGUGUAUGUCUGCGCGCGUGGGAGUGAAAGAGAGGAUGUAUGUAGGUGGAACGUGUUUGUCCGCGCUUUUAAAGUACGUGGCAUUUAGAAAUUUUCGUACCCGUUAGCGGAGUCAUUUGUAGGAUCUGAAUAUGCAAGCGUGUCUGAGGGAGAAUGCGCUUUUCAGUCAUGUUGGUUUAUGUUUAAAGGGUGAGGGAGGGAAGGGGCUCGAGAUGCCGGCAAAAGCAUUUACUUUUACUGAAGACAACCACAAGAUGUGUUUACGUUUGACAACAAUGAAUAAACUGUAAAUUAAACCAAGAAUGAUCAAAAUGAUGCCAAUUAAAAUCUUUUUGCAAACUUG